AUAAAUAUUUUUUUGCAGACAUCUAAAGCAUGUAGUGAAACUAUAGAAAUAAUUUGGAGAGAUAAGAGAAAUAAAGAUGGAAUUCGGUAACGGAUUUACAACAAUAGGGGCUGCUGCGAAUGCAGAUGACCAUCGAAAGAUGUUGAUGUAUUUUGAUCGACUCAAAUCAUCAAAUGAAGGUUUAGAAUAUUCAGUCACUGAAUUACUGAACAACGAAUUCAAAGAAAACCAGGAAGAGAUGAUUUUCCUUCACUGGAAAGUACUGGAAUUUCAUAUUCAAAAUCGUCAUGAGGAACUUCCCCCUGAAGUUAUUUUAGGACUCAGAAAAGCUCUCAUGUCCUGGCUCCAAAAGCAGUCCAAUGAGCUAAAAUCAAUGCCAUUGUAUUUACGCAAUAAAGCCGCUCAAGUGUUCGCGCUUUUGUUCGCAAAAGAAUUCCUUUCAUCAUGGCCUUCGAUGAUGCUAGACGUCAUGAAGGUUUGCUUGAAUAAAACGAACACUGGUGUCGAUUUUUAUCUGCGAAUGUUGCUCGCGAUUGACGUAGAAGUCGUGGAUCGUACGAUCAUGCAUUCAGAGAUCGAACAAGCUCAUAAUCAGAAUAUCAAAGACACAAUGCGUGAGACUUGCAUUCCUGCGAUGGUGGAAUCCUGGUAUAAUCUGUUACUAUUAUGCACACAAAAUCCAAAUCCUAAUAUUGCGUCCAUGUGUUUGGAUGUAGUUGGCGCAUACAUUGAAUGGAUUGACAUAAACAUGAUUGCGAAUGAGAAAUUUCUGCCGUUAAUUUUCAUGUUCAUGGGGGUUAACGUUGAUUCAGAAGUUCGUGAAUCAGCAUGCGAUUGCUUGCGUGAAAUUGCCAUCAAAGGUAUGCUACCUCUGGAUAAAAUACGACUCAUUGAGGUCCUGUGGCCGGAGAUAAAACCAUAUUGCCAAGUCCAGGACAAAGAUGAUGUUGAUUACCUGAUAAAACUGUCUAAACUUAUAGGUGGCAUUGGGUCAGCUCUUAUCACCGCUUGGGUUAAAUAUAUCAAACUUGAGAAUAUUUCUGACAUCGCAAAAUCCUCUCCAAAUGUUCAACAAAAUUAUAUCAGUCUGGUAACUGCGGCGGAAGAUAAAGCGCCAUUUUGUUUCCAAUUUGUGGGCCAUGAAGAUGAUGACGUCUCCCAGCAGUGCGUACAAUUCGCUCUUGACUAUAUCGACAUGCUGAAAAAAAUUAAAAAUAUGAAUGGAUCUCAAAAACAAAAUAUUGUUGUGUUAUUUAACACACUGGCGAAAAAAUUUAAAUAUGACUCGGAAUAUUGCUUUGAAAAUGAGGGAGAGGAAGAAGCAGAAUUCAAAGAAUACUUGAAAGGACUGAAAAAUAUUUAUGAAAAUUUAAUUCAACUUGAUCCAGAUCUUGUCCAAAGCAAAGUUCGCGAACUUUUGGCUGAAACUCUCGGAAAAUGGCAAUACUUGGAAUUUAGUGACGUCGAAGUUUGUAUCAGGCUUUUAUAUCUGCUUGGCGAAUCGUUAGCUGUUAAUUUAGGAAGUCAAUUUACAAAUGACGCCGGAUCGAAGACACCGUUACAUGAUAUGUUGACAAUACUGACAUCUAGUGGUGUAUGCGAUCAUCCACAUCCGUAUGUACGUCUGAUGUAUUUUGAAACGGUUGUCCGCUACGAUCGUUUCCUUAUACUUCAAGGAACAAAUGAGAACGUAUUACUUGGCGUCAUGCAAGCGUUUUUAGAUGAACGGGGAGUAAAAUCAACAAAUCCAGCAAUUCGAAGCCGGUGUUCGUAUUUACUUUCUCGUUUUGUCAAAACAACGUGCAAAUCUUUACAAUCCUUCACCGAAAAACUGCUCACUCAAAUAGAAUCGCUGCUAAUGACACGUCACGACGAAAGUGGUCAAAUAUUUUCACCAGAUGACAAACUAUUUGUUUAUGAGCUUGCUGGAACUUUAAUCGUGAAUAGCAGUUUGGAUGGAAAGACAAAAAAUGCUUUAAUGACUUCUCUCUUGAGCCCCCUAGUGGAAGGUUUUAAUCCCUCACUGAAUAAAAUGCAUGAAGUGUACAAAAUGGAAACGGAAAGUGGAAGUACGCAUUUUUCAAGCGAACAAUUAGCUAAUGACAUAAAUUAUUCUAUGUCAUACGCUAGUCGUACUAGCAAAGCGUUCAGUAACAAACACACGAUGGCGCAAGCAGGCUGCUCUGAUGUAUACACCGAAACGUUGCGCAUUUUUCUGUCUGGUUUCGAUGUUGAAGUUUAUCAUGAUAUUAUUCACUCUGGUAUUCGACAAUAUCUGCAUCGAAUGGUGAUUUGUCUCGAGGAAGAAGUCCUACCCUUCAUUCCUAUCGCAGUUCAAAAUCUUCUUAAACAUUGCAACGCACGAGCUUUGCAUCAAUUUAUUCCACUGAUUAAUCAAAUUGUCAACAAAUUCAAAAAGUCUAUUUCUCCAUUUCUGGCUGAAAUUUUUAUGCCAGUUGUGCGAACCGUCUUCCAAAUUCUUUCAGAAGAACAAGGAGAGCUUUCUGAAGACGCAAAAACUGUCAGACGAACUUAUUUUCAAUUUAUUCAUGCCAUUGUGUCAAAUAACCUCGCUGAGGUAAUUUUGAAACAAGAAAAUAGCGACGCAGAAAUGGUGUUGCUGACCAUAAAACAAGGCGCAGUGGAUUUCCCCGACCCGACAGCCCAAAAAGUAUGUUUCAAUAUUUUCCAUAAAUUAGUUGCAUCGUGGAAAACAACCCAAAAUGGAGCAUUACGGGAAUUCAUAAUCCAAAUCAUAGUUCCUGCGUGUUUUCAAGCUCCGACGCAGCCAACUUUCGACUUCAGUGACGGCCAAACUAUCCUCGUUCUCAAAGAAACGUCAUCAAUCAUGAAAGAUCUUUACGGAAUUCUCGGAAUCGAACUCAUUCAAGCGCUAAAAUUAUAUCUUCCGAAUCUGGAACUUUCUGAAAGCGUUGCUGAUGAAUACUGCCAAGCGUUGGCUCAACUUGACAAAAAACAAUUUCGAAAUUAUACGAAAGCUUUUUUUCAAAGGGGACGGUGUUAACCAACUUUAUUCAUUUUUUAAUUCUUCGGAAAAAUGGUUGAAUAAAAAAUGAAUUUUUGUUUUACUUUUUUUACAAUUUUGCAAAUUUGUGUUUUUUCGACAUUUCCAGAUCUAAACUAAUUCAAUAACUCAAUGUAUUAAAUAUAUUGCAAAAUAAUGAAGGAGUAUGGUUUAACCAGACGCAAGGUUAAAACAAAAUUAUUGUGUCUGCAUACUGUUCAAAAUUCAAAUCUCUAACCGAAGCAAGCAAACUGUAAAAAUUUGAGAAUUGAAUUUUUCAAUCAUUUUUUUUAAUUUUUGAUCAUCUUGCUUCCUUGCUGACUUCUGUUUGAAUCCAUAAUUGCAAACAAGCUAAAAUUUUCAAUCAGUUUCAUGUUUUGUUUUUAUGUGUUUUUCUCUGUACAAGGCUCUUGAUAAGCGGUUGUUUGGGCAUAAGAAUUUACUAGUACCAUAUAAAAUGAAUGUUUAUAUCAUAAAAUGAAUGUUUAGAUCCGUUUUUUUAGGAUUAGGAUUAACAAAUCAUCUUUUGUGAGCAGUUCAAAACUGGUUUUUAACAUUUUGAUUAGUUAACUAAUGGUCAAAUGUCCUUUCAAUUUGCCUAUUUUUAUCAGUUUGUAAGUUGAUGCAUUUUUAUGAGGUGUUUUGCUCUGAGCAAGGCUGCUUAGAACUAUAAUUAUUUUAUGAAUCCUGCCGCUGACACUCAAGUUCCAUUAAUUAUUGUUUCUGCUGCAUAUUUUUUGUGUUUUAAUUAGAAUUGGGGUUCUGUAUGACAGAUUACUAUUAUCUCACACUAUUAUAUUGAUACUGCUCGUGGGAUUCAGGGCUCUCGUUCUUAAAAUAUCAUGAUUUUCCUGUUUUUUUGGUGUUGUUUUAGUUCAGCAGGUUUUCUAAAAUAAUGAAUCUCGUUGUAGUGAGAUUGAAUUGAAAGAAAAUAUGACGGACUUGCUUUUUAGUAUAUACCAGUGGCCAGUGGUUCCUUUUUUCGAGCAAUACAAAUUUUUCAAAAAAUAAAUUUUGUAAAAUCUUACGACCCCAGGAUAUACUCACAUACUAAAAAGCAUGUAAUGCUUUCGUGGCCACAAAAUGACGGAAAUAAAUUAAUGAAAAAUAACUUUUACGCUUACGUUGACUUAACAAGCGACCCAAGAAGAUUCCCAGUCGACCCAGUUUUGGGUCCACGGCCUAUAGGUAUGGAUACACCGGUAUAUAGCGUCCAGACAGAUAACCUAAGCCAAAUUUAGGUGCGAUAAUUGCCCGUCCUUUCUCUUAUUAUCCAUGUGCCAUGAACACUUAAAUCAAAAUACAGUAGCUUGGUUAAGUUGUUAUUUUUAAACAGUUCAAUACAUUUGCUCUCAAAUUUCCUUUCCAAUAUUCUGUUUCAAUAAUUUGCCAAAAUUUUUCAAGUUGAAAUUUUCACUACUCUAUUCUGUACUUGUGUUCCCUGUUCCAGAUUACUGUCUUCAAUUUAACAGUCUGAAAGACUGAAAACUGACAAUAUUACCUUACCUUGAAAUUAUUCUGUCAAGGCUCAGUAACUCCUGUCAACGAUUAAAGUUAGCAAUACCCCUUAUGUUUGUAUAUUCCAUUUGGGACCAAUCUUUUCAAACUAACCUGAGAAACAAAGUGCAAAUUGGCAGCAUCUGCGCAUUUAAUAAAUUAAAAUGAAAUUAUUCCAAACAGUCAAGUAAAAUUGGUUUACAAUAUUUUCCCAGAAAUAAAGCUGGAAAUGGCAGCACACAAGCCUGCAUAUUUGCAUGAAAAUAUUCUGACCAGCCACGCCCGAAUGAUUUUUUUCAUCUGAACUUAAAUUAAAGUCAGCCAAUCCCCCGGAUUUUUGUUCAUAUCUGUUAAAAACCUAAUUUGGUUUAAUUUUGUUGCAAUUUGUUUUAAUUUAGA